GCGGGCAUUGAGUCGGGAGGUAGCUCCCUAUCCGCUCUGGGGCCCGCUCCCUCCUUCGUGCUGCCCAGGAUGGUACCGCCCAGGGCCCUGCGCUGGCCCUGAUCCCCCCCUCUGGGAGAUGGUGCAGGCCGGGGGCUCCUCGCCCCCCCGCCGCCGCCUCGGCGGCCGCCGCCGCCGUCGCCGCUGACCCGCGCCCCCGCCCCAUGGCCGCCGCGGCGCCGCCCCCCCCUGACAAGCUGGAGGGAGGAGGCGGCCCCGCUGCGCCGCCAGCGCCGCCCAGCACCGGGAGAAAGCAGGGCAAAGCCGGUCUGCAAAUGAAGAGCCCGGAAAAGAAACGGCGCAAGUCAAAUACUCAGGGCCCUGCAUACUCACACCUGACGGAGUUUGCACCACCCCCGACCCCCAUGGUGGAUCACCUGGUGGCAUCCAACCCAUUUGAGGAUGACUUUGGGGCCCCCAAAGUUGGGGGGGCGGCUCCUCCAUUCCUCGGCAGCCCUGUGCCCUUUGGUGGAUUCCGUGUACAAGGGGGCAUGGCAGGCCAGGUGCCCCCAGGCUAUGGUGGUGGAGGUGGAGGCGGGCCUCAACCACUUCGACGACAGCCUCCUCCUUUCCCCCCCAAUCCAAUGGGUCCUGCCUUCAAUAUGCCCCCUCAGGGCCCUGGGUACCCACCCCCAGGUAACAUGAACUUCCCCAGCCAGCCCUUUAACCAGCCCUUGGGCCAGAACUUUAGCCCUCCGGGGGGGCAAAUGAUGCCAGGGCCUGUGGGGGGGUUUGGACCCAUGAUUUCACCUACUAUGGGGCAGCCACCCAGAGGGGAGCUGGGCCCUCCUUCCCUUCCCCAACGUUUUGCCCAGCCAGGUGCUCCCUUUGGGCCCUCACCACUUCAGCGGCCUGGUCAGGGGCUCCCGAGUCUGCCCCCCAAUACAAGCCCCUUCCCUGGUCCUGAUCCUGGCUUCCCUGGUCCUGGGGGAGAGGAUGGAGGGAAGCCCCUGAAUCCUCCUGCAGCAACUGCCUUCCCCCAGGAGCCUCAUUCAGGCUCACCUGCUGCUGCUGUCAAUGGCAACCAGCCCAGUUUUCCCCAGAACAGUGGUGGUCGGGGUGGGGGCACCCCAGAUGCCAAUAGCUUGGCACCUCCAAAUAAGACAGGUGGGGCAUCGGGGCACCAGCCCCCUCCCGGCUUGGUGUACCCGUGUGGGGCAUGCCGCAGUGAAGUGAAUGAUGACCAGGAUGCCAUUUUGUGUGAGGCAUCAUGUCAGAAGUGGUUCCACCGAGAGUGUACUGGCAUGACAGAGAAUGCCUAUGGGCUGCUGACCACCGAAGCUUCGGCUGUCUGGGCCUGUGAUUUCUGCCUCAAGACCAAGGAGAUCCAGUCAGUGUACAUCCGAGAGGGCAUGGGGCAACUAGUGGCUGCCAAUGAUGGGUGAAUGGGCACGUUUGGUGUGGGACCAGGCAGUUGAACCUUCUCGAGGACCAUGGACUUUUCUCCUCUUGGGGCUCUUGGUCCCAGCUUCCCACUCAGGCUGGGAGGAGGCAUAGUGACUCCUUGGGCAGGAGAAUGCCUAGAUCUCCUUGGAACAUGCCCAUGAAGGGCUAAGGAAAAAUCCCCUGGGAAGCCAAAGCCCCACUGAGCAGUGCCAUUCUCUGAUUGUCCAGGGUAUCUUAAAGAGGAAAGGACAGAGGGGUAGGAGGAGUAGACAUCAUUGGUUAGGGACUGCAUUUCUUUGCUGGUGUUGGAUGCCUUCUGUGCCUAACACUCCUACCCAGCCUCACUCUGAGGGAUAAACUCUAGAAUGUUUUUUCCUCCUCUGGCCAGAGGUCAUUGUCAGGGUUUCCCAUUCCUUCAGUGGCCUACCACGGGGUGUUAGCCCAAUGCAGAAGACAGUAUUAGACAAUGAGUGGAACCAGUUGGUUGGGGUCAUCCAUUAUUUCUUUUUUUUUUUUUAUUUUUUUUUAGUGAGGCAAUUGGGGUUAAGUGACUUGCUCAGGGUCACACAGCUAGUAAGUGUUAAGUGUCUGAGGCUGGAUUUGAACUUGGGUACUCCUGACUCCAGGGCCAGUGCUCUAUCCACUUCGCCAUCUAGCUGCCCCAUAUCCAUUAUUUCUAACUAUCCCCUUUCUACUGGCUUCCCUCUGGAACCAAAAGGCUUUGAGGAAACUAGAUGAAGGUCUGAACCAUAACAGAGUCCUAGAGAUUUUGGUGGGAGCAAGAUCAGAAUGGUUGAGAGAUGAUAUUCUUAAGCCAGCCCCCUCCUCAUACCAAAGUCACAGGUCCCUCCCUCCAUCCCCAACUUCAGCCUAUUCAUCUCCUGGUCCAUGUCAUGCUUCCUCACCCCCAUCACUUUGUACAUCUCUUAUACAUUAACCUAAACCACUUUUUCAAAAUCUACCCUUUCCCCAUAGCUCCUAUGUCUUCCGCUGUGCUGAGAGCCCAAGGAAAAAAUGGAAGCCCCCCAACAUUUUUUUAGUCAUUUAUUUCGGGUGAUCUCAUAAGAUAAAAGUGAAGGUUUUGUCUUACCCCUCUGAAUGGGGCAGGGUCCCCUCUCCCCUCCCCCCAAUAUCCUGGGAUCCUUAUUGAAAGCAGAGUGGGGAGAAUUGGAUGUUUUCAUACUUUUCACUCCCCAGGUCCCUCAUCUUUCAAGGCUUAAUAAUGAUCCAGCAGCUUAAAAUCUGAUUCUCAUCAGCCCUUGACAGUGUUUUCUUUUUCUUUUUUUUUUUGUGGGGCAAUGGGGGGUUAAGUGACUUGCCCAGGGUCACACAGCUAGUAAGUGUCAAGUGUCUGAGGCCAGAUUUGAACUCAGGUACUCCUGAAUCCAGGGCCAGUGCUUUAUCCACUGUGCCACCUAGCUGCCCCCUACGGUGUGUUUAAUUUUCUGAUAAAGCCACUUGGCUGAUGGAGACAGAUGACUACAGAUAGGGCCUCUCCGGUUGGUCCACUCUGGUUCUGAGGCAUGUGGAUACCUCACUUGCCCUCUUUCCACCCAAAUGAAACCUUCAGCUUACAUAUCAGCUCCCCAAUAGUGAUUGGGGGGUGAAGUUAGUCAUCUGGAAGGAAUUAGCAGCCUCUAGCUGUGGGUACUCACUCCCUUAGUUGAGGAGAGAAUAAUGGAAAAGGGCCAAGAUAUUUUUUGCCCCUAUUCCUUAACCACAUGCCCUGGUCUUUUUUCCCCGCCCCCCCCCCCCAGCCGGGCACCCUGGCAGUUUUCCCCAGAUAACUCCAAGGCAAGGACAUUGACCAUUUAAGUUUCUUGUCUGUUCUGCUAAUACUCUAACUAUACUCUUAACGAGCUAAAGCUCUUAAUUCCUGUAGAGAGCUGACCUGUGUUCCCAUCCCUCUUUCCUGGAAAAAAAGAACAACAAAAACAAAACGUGAGAAGUAACGGCACAGAUGGACAGCCACAAAAUAAUUAAUUUUGUGUUUUUUAGUUUGCCUCUGGUGUCCCUUCCCAUUAUCUAUUGCUAUUUUUGUGCAUUUCCCCUCUAUUUUUUUCUUUCCCCUGUUUUGUAAAGCGCUGCCCUUCCAUCCACUAAAAAUAGGGUGGAGUGGGUGGAGGUGGAUCAGUGUUGGUGGGGCCUUUGGUCUUUUUGUAUGGUUGGAUUUAUAAAGUGACUUGAAAAACCA